GCGCACGAAGAGGACCGUGCGGAAUAAAAAGCCCCAACUCCGGUCGUUUUGUAUGUCUACGACGAAGAAACGAAAAACUUCAUCGAGGGAAGUUUCCGUCAUGGAUCUGCAGUGAUUCGCAGCGUUAAUUAGAUGAAAGUUUAUACUUCGGUUGUGGUUAGAUUAGUGCACUGACGAAGAGUGGGAGAUUUGAGAACAAGCGACGGUGGUAUUAGUAUUUUGUCGGGCUAAUAGUGUGGCGACAGGUCGGUGGUGGUUUGCCCCCGAUUGGGAUUCCCCCUCGAGGGAAUACAAGGACGACUUCGACAAAGUGUGGAGUUUCUUUGAAGGACAGCAUCUUCGAUCCUCCACACAGUUGGCUUUCUGCUGCCAAAGUUUCCCGGUGCUAAGGUGCAGCCACGCCGGGAGAAGGCGCAGAGCGACGGCCGCGCCACUCUCCGGCUAGCUCGCCUGCUGUUUCUGCUUCUCGGAUCGAGGCCGUGUCGGCGAGGCGACAAUGCUUGACAUAAUGUCUGAACACCAAGAUUCACUGUUAACGUGUAAAACGGAACCUCUGCCCCCAGAGAAGAAGAAGAGGACUGUUGAGGACUUCAACAAGUUCUGCAGCUUCGUCCUGGCUUAUGCUGGUUACAUCCCCAGUCCAAAAGAGGAAAGCUCGUGGUCCCCGACAUCAUCCAGCUCUGCACAUAGUUCGGGGUUGUCAGCAGAUGGUGGAGGUGGAGGGAGCAGUUCCAAUGGCAAUGCUUGGGCAGAUGGGGGCUCCGACAUCCACACCAUCCAUACGUUUGUCCGCAAAGCUCGAGCAAAUAAGGGCAAAAAUAUUCGGCGCAUGCACUCUGACAGCACCCUGCUGGAUAAGAUGCAGCUUAAAGACUCUCUUUAUGAGACCCAGGCCAGCACUAAGGGAGAGCGCAAGAAGGACAAAAAACUGAAAAAACUGUCACUGGAUUCUGCCAUGGGGGCAGCAGAUAGUGGCAGCAGCGAGGGUGAGAAAAGAGCCCGCAUCAAACGCAGCAAGAACUCAAAACAGCCCAAAGCUAAGAAGCUCAAGAGUUCAGCUCCUCAAAGCGAGACUGACUCCGAGGCACGGAAUACGCACUCCGAGGUACGAGCUGGCAGGGAGGAGCUGCCGGGGCAUGGGGGCUCCUCUUCGAGCAUGCAGAGCAUGGGGAAGGUGCAGCCAGACGAAUCCAGGGAAGCAGAAAUGAGCUCCAGUGAGGGUGAGACAUGGAUCGCUGAUGAAGACAUUAUGGUGGAAUCGGGGGAUGAUUCAUGGGACUUGAUCACCUGUUACUGCGGGAAGCCAUUCGCGGGUCGGCCGAUGAUCGAGUGCAACCAGUGCGGCAUAUGGGUGCACUUGUCAUGCGCAAAGAUCAAGAAGUCAAACGUUCCCGACAUCUUUUACUGCCACAAGUGCAGGGACUUGCGGCGGUCGGGACACAAAAAAGACACUUAAAGCUGAGCAGGACUGGAGGGGAAAAGGAGCGUUUGAUCUGUUUUUGCUGUCCUCUGACACUUAACUUUAUUUGAUGCCUACAGCCAAAACAGCCUAAACUAUCACCUGGAGGGCAACUGUAAAGUCAGUUUGUUGGAUUUCUUUCGACAAUCACAACCAUUCUUAUUUAUCCCUCACGUCUAGUUUUCGUUCCCCCUUUGGCUACUGUGAAGAACUGGAAAAAAGGCAAUAUUGACGGUUCCAAAUCAUUUUUAAGUUCUUAAUUGACGUCAACGUUGAUUGGCUUUGCUAUUACAGUUCUGGUGAUGUGCAUAUACUUUUUUUUUUUCUCUCAAUAGUUCUCAUAUAGACUGAAGGUCCACUUUUGACUUGUAAAUUAUUUCUUGUGCAUAUUGACAAAUUAGUGAAAACCUUUUCCUUUGGUCUCCGGAGUACCACUCUGAGCUUGCUCCAAUCAUUCCCACCCUUAAAUCAAUGCAACACAUGAAGAGUUGGGGAGAGGGAAGCCCAGCUUACAUUGUGUCACAUAAGAGGUGGAUAAUGUCACUCCUGUUAUUACUUUAUACGCAUGUCAUAAUGCCAGACGGGCAGCUCAUUUUGGUUUCGAUCGUACUCUGGUAGUUUGUGUUGAGCUUUUUCUUGGGUUGUCUUUAAGCCUCCUGAAAUAAGAAGUUUCAAUUCACUGACUUGGAUAAGAUUUAUUACUUUGCAUCUUCAUAUGCAUCUAGUUGUACUCAAACUAUCCUUUCAGCAGUGCACUUUUAAAACCUAAAUACACCCCGCCUCUUUUUUUUUUUCUUUUUUUUUUUUGAAAGUUGGGGGCGGGGCUAAGAUGAGCUACAGCUAAUUAAAACCGGACUUGGUCGAUGGUGCGCUUAGUGUUUCUCACAGUCCGGCUUAUUAAUCACUUAGCCAUUAACCGUGAGUCAGUUUUUACUUAUGUGUUUGUUUUUGUAUUUAAAUCAUCUGAUAUCGGGGCGGGGGGAACGUUGCUGUAAGACGACUGGUUUGUUGCCGUGCUUUACGAUGUCAAAGUGGCUCUGAGGCUCGUUUAUGAAUGGUUGUUUAAAAAAUAUAUAUAUGUAUUUUUUAUUUCUAGGCUUUCUGAGGAAGGGGGGGAUUAGAGAUGCACCCCGCAUCAGAAAAAGGACAUACGAUUGUCUCACAUCGAGAACAAAGUUGUAGUGUACAGAAAACAAGUCGAGGCUGUCUAGGUUGUCAUUUUGUUUAUGUUGUUUGGUUUUACCAUGUGCGUUUUUUCUUUUGUUCGUGGGAGAGUCAUGGUAAGUCUCCAGUAGCAGUUGCACUCUCCGUACAACUUAAACUUCUGUGUACAUAUCCUGUUCUUUGACAAAUGUACAUAUGUGAAAGUGAAGAGAGAAUACUCAAGCAAAUUCUAUAUUUUCUGCAGUCUGAUAUUGUUUUGUUUUUCCUUUAAUUGUAGCUUGAAAAAUAAAAGUCUUUGGGAACAUG